UUUUUUUCUCUCAAACAAAUACACUAUUAGAUACCCCACACACCAAAACAACAACAAUGGCUUUAAAGAUGAACUUUGUGUUGCAAAAAAGUGAUUUGAUGCUAAUUAGGAAUGAAAGAGUGUUUAAUGGUAUUAAGAAGACUACAAACAUAUCUUGUAGAGCUAAAGAGUUGCACAAUAUUGAUAAUAAAAAGAACUUUUACCAAGUUCUUUCGCUAGAGUCGCAAAAUGUUAGUUUUCAUGACCUCAAGAAGGCGUACCGAGCCAAAGCUCUUCAACUCCAUCCCGAUGUUUACCCAUCUUCCAAAAAGGAGGAAAGCACCAAACGAUUUGUGGAGUUAAGAGAGGCGUAUGAAGUUCUUUCUGACCCAAACACUAGACGAAUGUACGACUUGAGCUUAGUUGGAGGCCAUACUCAUCGUGAACAAAACGUGCAUUUCUCAACAACGGUGUGGGAAGCACAACUCGAAGGUUUAAAGAAUCGAGCAGCCAAGCGUCCUAAGAGGAGAUCCAUUCAGUUCAUGUAGGAUUGUUUGUUUGUAUACGAGUAUAUAAUGCUCAUAACAUUGUUUGAUUCGUUAUUUCCUUUUAAAAAUUCUUUGAAUUUAUUUUAGCAACUAUUUUACAAA